AUGGUUUCUCCAGAGCAGAUGCGGAGUCGGAGUUUAAACGCAGGUUUACCUGCUAUCAACACCGGUGAAGGAAUGGAAGGGGAAAGAAGCGAGACUGGAGAGGAGCUGGAGCUGUCGGAAGGUGAUAUCACUCAAAAAGGAUAUGAAAAGAAAAGGGCAAAGCUGCUGGCAAGAUAUAUUCCACUUAUUCAAGGAGUAGACCCAUGCCUGCAAGCAGAGAAUCGACUCCCAGGGCCUUCCCUGACCACUGCUGCACCCAAAGCGCAGAAGUCCCGGGCAACCAAUUCCAGGGACGAGCGCUUCCGCUCAGAUGUCCACACUGAGGCUGUGCAAGCAGCUUUGGCCAAAUACAAGGAGAGGAAGAUGCCGAUGCCUUCAAAAAGACGUUCUGUCCUUGUGCAUUCAUCUGUAGAGACUUAUACCCCUCCAGACACGUCAUCCGCCUCAGAAGAUGAGGGCUCUUUGCGGCGACCCGGGCGACUCACCUCCACUCCGCUCCAGAGCCAUCCUGGCGUUGAGCCCUGGCUCGACCGGGUUAUUCAGGGCUCGUCCACCUCAUCCUCUGCUUCCUCCACCUCAUCUCACCCGGGAGGGAGACCCAACGCUGCUCCCAGUGCCGCCGCUGCGCUUGCAGGCCUUGCGGCCCACGCCCACAUAGCAGAUCUGCACUCUGCCCCUCCUGAUGUCACCACUGGCCUUGUGCAGCAUCCACACUAUGAGCGGCCACAAGUGGCCUCAGUGAGAGGUGCUCCUCGAGGGUACAGCGGCAGCAUCCUGGAAACAGCAGAUGGUGUCCCCGUGAACAGCAGAGUGUCCUCCAAAAUCCAGCAGCUUCUGAACACCCUGAAGAGGCCGAAGCGGCCUCCUCUGAAGGAGUUCUUUGUGGAUGAUUUUGAAGAAUUAUUGGAAGUGCAGCAACCCGAUCCAAAUCAGCCAAAGCCUGAGGGAAGUCAGAUGGUGUUGCUGAAAGGAGAGCCCCUGGCAGUGGCAACCCCCUGGCCUCCAUCCCUGCUGGCUGCCCUGCAGCGGUGGGGCACCACGCACCCCAGAGCCCCCUGUCUGACUGCACUGGACACAGCAGGGAAGGCCAUCUACACCCUCACCUAUGGCAAACUCUGGAGUCGGAGUUUAAAACUGGCUUACACUCUUCUUAACAAACUGACCAAUAAGACUGAACCCCUGCUUAUGCCCGGAGACAGAGUGGCACUCGUGUUUCCAAAUAGUGACCCUGUGAUGUUCAUGGUUGCGUUUUAUGGGUGUCUCCUGGCCGAGCUGGUUCCUGUCCCCAUAGAAGUGCCAUUAACAAGAAAGGAUGCAGGCAGCCAGCAGGUCGGGUUUCUGCUGGGCAGCUGUGGAGUUGCCCUGGCCCUCACCACAGAUGCUUGUCAGAAGGGCCUGCCCAAGGCACAGACAGGAGAGGUGGCGACUUUCAAAGGUUGGCCUCCCCUUGCCUGGCUAGUGAUCGAUGGGAAGCAUCUGGCCAAGCCCCCCAAGGACUGGCACCCUCUGGCCCAGGACACAGGGGCGGGGACUGCCUAUAUUGAGUAUAAAACCAGCAAAGAAGGCAGCACAGUGGGUGUCACUGUGUCCCAUGCCUCUGUACUGGCGCAGUGCCGGGCGCUGACCCAGGCGUGUGGGUACUCAGAAGCUGAAACAUUAACAAAUGUGUUGGACUUCAAAAGGGAUGCUGGUCUGUGGCAUGGAGUGUUAACAAGCGUCAUGAAUAGGAUGCAUGUUGUCAGCAUCCCCUAUGCACUGAUGAAGGUCAACCCGCUCUCCUGGAUUCAGAAAGUGUGUUCCUACAAAGGAGUGUCUGCUGCCUUCCCUGCAGCCCGAGCCGCACUGGUGAAGUCUCGUGACAUGCACUGGUCACUCCUAGCUCAGCGGGGCCAGAGGGAUGUCAGUCUCAGCUCCCUGCGCAUGCUGAUUGUGGCUGAUGGCGCCAACCCAUGGUCUAUAUCUUCGUGUGACGCCUUCCUCAAUGUCUUCCAGUCCAGAGGCCUGAGGCCGGAGGCCAUCUGCCCUUGUGCCUGUUCUCCUGAGGCUCUGACAGUUGCUAUCCGCAGACCACCUGAUCUGGGAGGACCUCCUCCAAGAAAAGCUGUCCUGUCAAUGAAUGGCCUGAGCUAUGGUGUGAUCAGAGUCAACACUGAAGAGAAGCUGUCAGUCCUGACUGUUCAGGAUGUUGGCCAGGUGAUGCCUGGAGCUAGCGUGUGUAUUGUGAAGGUAGAAGGUACCCCUUAUCUUUGUAAAACUGAUGAAGUUGGAGAAAUCUGUGUGAAUUCCAGUGCAACUGGGACAGCAUACUAUGGGUUGCUUGGAAUCACAAAGAAUGUGUUUGAGACUGUCCCGGUCACUGCAGGAGGAGUCCCUGUCUCUGAGAGGCCUUUCACCAGGACAGGCCUUCUGGGCUUCAUCGGUCCUGAUAACCUGAUCUUCGUCGUGGGCAAGCUGGAUGGGCUGAUGGUUGUGGGAGUCCGAAGACAUAAUGCAGAUGAUGUGGUGGCCACCGCCCUAGCUGUGGAGCCCAUGAAGUUUGUCUACAGAGGCAGGAUCGCUGUGUUCUCUGUGACCGUGCUGCAUGAUGACCGGAUCGUCCUCGUAGCGGAGCAGCGGCCGGACGCCUCAGAGGAGGACAGCUUCCAGUGGAUGAGCCGAGUGCUGCAGGCCAUCGACAGCAUCCACCAGGUGGGCGUGUACUGUCUGGCCCUAGUUCCUGCCAACACCUUGCCCAAGGCUCCUCUUGGAGGGAUUCAUGUUUCAGAAACCAAACAGCGCUUCCUGGAAGGGACCCUGCAUCCAUGUAACGUCCUGAUGUGCCCUCACACGUGUGUCACCAACCUUCCCAAACCUCGUCAGAAGCAACCAGAGGUGGGACCAGCCUCAAUGGUCGUUGGGAACCUAGUUGCUGGAAAGAGAAUCGCACAGGCCUCUGGGAGAGAGCUGGCUCACCUGGAGGACAGCGACCAGGCUCGAAAGUUCCUGUUCCUGGCAGAUGUGUUGCAGUGGCGGGCACACACCACCCCUGACCACGCACUGUUCUUGCUGCUGAAUGCCAAGGGUACGGUCACCAGCACUGCCACCUGUGUCCAGCUUCACAAAAGGGCUGAGCGGGUGGCUGCCGCCCUGAUGGAGAAGGGCAGACUGGAUGCUGGGGACCACGUAGCUUUGGUCUAUCCCCCAGGAGUGGACCUCAUCGCCGCCUUCUAUGGCUGCCUGUACUGUGGCUGUGUGCCUGUGACUGUGCGGCCCCCGCAUCCCCAGAACCUUGGCACCACACUGCCCACCGUUAAGAUGAUCGUGGAGGUCAGCAAGUCUGCAUGCGUGCUCACCACACAGGCCAUCACACGGUUGCUCAAAUCCAAAGAGGCAGCCGCAGCUGUGGAUGUCAGGACGUGGCCGACCAUUCUUGACACAGAUGACAUACCAAAAAAGAAAGUGGCCAGCAUUUUCAGACCACCCUCUCCAGACAUGCUCGCAUACCUGGACUUCAGUGUGUCGACCACCGGGAUAUUAGCAGGAGUGAAGAUGUCACACUCGGCCACAAGUGCCUUGUGCCGCUCCAUAAAGCUGCAGUGUGAGCUGUACCCCUCACGGCAGAUCGCCAUCUGCCUGGACCCCUACUGUGGCCUCGGCUUUGUCCUCUGGUGUCUGUGCAGUGUCUACUCAGGACACCAGUCAGUGCUGGUGCCCCCACUGGAGCUGGAGAGCAACGUGUCCCUGUGGCUAUCCGCCGUCAGCCAGUACAAGGCCCGCGUCACCUUCUGCUCUUAUUCAGUGAUGGAGAUGUGCACCAAGGGCCUGGGCUCGCAGACAGGUGCCCUCAGGAUGAAGGGUGUGAACCUGUCAUGUGUGCGCACGUGCAUGGUGGUGGCCGAGGAACGGCCCCGGAUCACGCUGACACAGUCCUUCUCCAAGCUGUUCAAAGACCUGGGCCUCCCGGCGCGUGCUGUGAGCACCACCUUUGGAUGCAGGGUCAAUGUGGCCAUUUGCCUCCAGCCCAACAGGCUGGGAAAGCUGGCUGAGCAGGGCACAGCUGGCCCAGACCCCACAACUGUCUACGUGGACAUGCGGGCAUUACGCCAUGACAGGGUACGUUUGGUAGAACGGGGUUCUCCACAUAGUCUGCCGCUGAUGGAGUCUGGAAAGAUCCUCCCUGGGGUGAAGGUCAUCAUUGCACACACGGAGACCAAAGGGCCUCUUGGAGACUCACACUUGGGCGAGAUCUGGGUGAGCAGCCCCCACAAUGCCACCGGGUACUAUACAGUCUAUGGGGAGGAGGCCCUUCAUGCUGACCACUUCAGUGCCCGGCUGAGCUUCGGAGACACCCAGACUGUUUGGGCCAGGACCGGCUACCUCGGCUUCCUCCGAAGAACGGAGCUCACGGAUGCCAGUGGAGAGCGACACGACGCGCUGUACAUUGUCGGGUCUCUGGACGAGGCGCUGGAGCUGAGAGGCAUGCGGUACCACCCCAUCGACAUUGAGACAUCUGUGAUCCGGGCUCACAGGAACAUCGCAGAGUGUGCCGUGUUCACCUGGACCAACCUGCUGGUGGUGGUGGUGGAGCUGGAUGGUCUAGAGCAGGAUGCACUGGACCUGGUAGCACUGGUGACCAAUGUGGUGCUGGAGGAGCACUACCUGGUGGUAGGUGUGGUGGUCAUUGUGGAUCCAGGCGUGAUCCCCAUUAACUCCCGGGGUGAGAAGCAGCGCAUGCACCUAAGGGACGGCUUCCUGGCCGACCAGCUGGACCCGAUCUACGUGGCCUACAACAUGUGAGCACCGUGCAGCAGAGCCCAGGAGGAAGCCAAAGAAAGUGUGAGGCGAGGAGAUGCUGCCGUGUCCUGGGAUAAAGGGG